CAACUGUCAGAUUUAGAGUGAGUUGGUAUGGGGAAGGUAGGGGAAGGGCGACAAGAAUAAUAACGUUUUAGGCUACAAGAGUUUCAGAAUUAACUUUUAAGUUGCGUAUCUUAACGAUUAUGGAUCGGGACAACAUGCUCUGAUACUCCCCAGUAGGAGCAACUUUUGGCAAUAGUUCCCAAGUACGAUAAGUGACGAAUUGAAACGCCUCAGAAGAAUGUCAGCGCCCACCAACUCGCUUCAACAGCCGAGGGUGAGACGUAGCAAUGCGGGCUCCCCCGGCUCAUCCAGCAGCUGCCGCUUGCACCCCAUCCGUGCCAUUGUGCCCUACCAGCUCCUGCGUACUGGUCAGAGCAGCCCGACGCGGACACAGAGCCUCGGCGCCGGUGGCCACAACGGACCAACUGGUAGCCGCGGUUCAAGUCCCACUAGCCCGACACUUCACUCUGGUGCCAUUGCCAAGCAGAGACUAUCCCCUGAAAACAAGGACUCUUGUUCACCCGACUCGCUCGUAUGCAAAGAGAGGUCCAAGCUACAGGUUCGGGGUUCCAGUGCCAUCCGACGGACAUCCUCCCUGGAUGCCAUCACUGGGCCAUACCUCACUGGUCAGUGGCCUCGGGACUUCCAUGGACCCUAUCCUUCCUGUAUGAAAGACAAAGCCACACAGACUCCAGGCCUUUGGAUAGAUGAGGGAGCAGACCAAGGAGGUCCUCACCAGCGGUCUGCCUCUUGGGGCAGUGCAGACCACCUCAAAGAGCAGAUUGCUAAACUAAGGCUGCAGCUGCAGCGCAACAAACAAGUCAGCCGGCAGAGCAAAGACAGAGAGCAGACCUUGUUGCAGCCACUGCAGCACAGCAAUGCAUUCCAGCCUCAGUCCAAGGGAAUUUCAUCAGGCCUGUCAACUGUCCCAGUGCCAAAGUCCCUCAUAUCCGGAGUGCCUAGCAGUGUAGAAGGCAUCAACCAUGAGCUAGAAAAUGUGUUCAUCAGAGAGGACUGGGAGCAAAGGAUACAGGCUAUGGACGUGCUGGAUGGCCGCCGUGCCCCCUUCCCGCCUCAUCACUACAGCAGCAGUGGGGACACACGUGACACAGAUACCCAGGCCCCCUCCAGCGGUGACAGCAGCCCGUCGCCCCAUCCCUGCAGCCCUGAUCACCUCCACUCCCCUGACGAAAGCCCCUACUCCGCGGAAGACAAUGACAAAGACAGUGGAUGCAAUUCUCCACUACCCAAGUUUGCCACCUCUCCCAAGCCCAACAACAGCUACAUGUUCAAACGGGAGCCCCCAGAAGGCUGUGAGAGGGUGAAAGUGUUUGAAGAGAUGGUGUCUCAUAAGUCAAAAGGGAUCCCCCUGUUCUCAUGCCCAGACAAAAACAAGGUGAACUUUUUCCCCAGAGGCUCCGCCUUCUGUCCUGUCAAGCUCCUUUGCUCCUCCCUCUUCUCCUCAGUGUCCCCAGCUUCUUGCUCCUCUGCUACCCCAGGUCUCCAUGGCAACGAUGGCCCGGGGCCUCGGGGGACCCUGACUCUGCCUACUGCACCCCUGUCUCAGGCCUCCGCUGAUUGGAGUCCUGAGACAGACAUAGGCAAAGGCAGCACAGAUGGCCUGAGCCCCAACACAGGCCCACACACUGAUAUAAGCACAGAUGUGGGGAAAGAUAGCCCCACACACUUUGUCCUCACCAGCUAGUUCUCAGGUAUACGUGACCAAAACAUAGAUAGAUGCAGCUUCUUAUGCAGUCAAGUGGCCUGGUUUUGGGGGAAAAAAAAUAACCCCUUGCACUCCAUUAGCCCUAACAUUAGCCAGAAGGGAAUGCCCAUGAUCGACAGAUUACAAAGUCGAGUUAUCAGUUUUGGAGGUAGACAACUUAUCGGCUAAUAGGGCAUCUGCGCCCUAAAGGACCAUAGCUUCUACUUGGUCAACAAAGAAUUCUGUUCUCAAUGUUUGUUCCUUAGUUGAAAACUUAUGGGUUGCUGUUGUUGUUCUUGCCUGAUGAUCUUAAGACCAUGGGAGUGGCCUCCUUUCUCCCAUCACUAACCUAACAUUCUCCUCUGCAUGGUGACAGCACCUAAAACAGAGAUAGCUUUGCUUUCUUUUGCAAAAAAAAAAAAAAAUAGAAAUGACUAUUCAAUGUAUUGUGUUCUGUAGCCAGCAGUUUUAUCAAUGUACAAUCAAAAAGCUGAAAAUUUGAUUCAUUUGAUGAGAGACAAUGAUGAGGUAUGGGAGAAACACUUAUCUAAUUGUUUUAUCUAACGAGUUUGUUUAGCAGCUCAGUUUUAAGCAAGCUAAUAUCUACAGAUAAGAUCUACAGGUAGGCUUAUUGACUGAAUGGGGAAAAAAAAUCAGUAUCAUGCCUGUGUUUACCACAAACAUCUUCGAAUGUCGCACAAUUACAACACCCCAUAUUCCCCCGAAAAUGUUUACAUUUGUUAAGUCCUGGAUCAGUAUGAUAGAGGCAGUGGCCUGUUUGUUUCCUUUACAAGUACUUAAGGCACAAAGGCCAUGUGGAACCAGCAUUAUUAAAUAUAUUGCAUUGCUUCAGGCAUCACCCAACAAGCAUGCAAGCCAAGAGCUAGCUCUACAAAAGACGGCUGUUGGGUCUAGUGUGACCGACUAGCCGACCACAAAGCACACGAGUCCCCGACAAUCUUGUGUCACAGCCUCCACCUCCGCCUCUGCCCCCCACCCCGCAAGAAUAAACUCAGGUCAUAUGGAAUGUACACUUUCUUAAACUAUGUUGCCUUUCCCGAGUGUUCGCUGCAUUGCUCCUACAGUAAAAAAUACUCCACAGUCUUACAAAACAAGUGACUUUUUUCCCUCUGGAGAGCCUAUUUCAGAGGGACCCAAGCUGAUCCAGGUCACUGUGUGUGACAGUGUUUGGUGUAACAGGGGUGCCGCUGAUGCAUAUUGCCUGACUGUGUUUACUUUAGCGAGUAUCCAGGCAUUACGACACAUUCCUGAGAUCCCCGGAAAACGGCGAUUACCUAAUGUAAGUGGAGCUGCGUAGGGUCCACCCUCCCAAAUCAAUAACAUGAUCGUAAUUAUUUAUUUGGGUUCACCUCUUAAAAUGUACCAAAGCAAUUAGAGGCCCUCAAUUUUUACUCGAGACACUUGGGAGGUAACAUUUAUGUGCCAGAAGCAGACUGUUUGUGUUUGUUUUGUUUAGAAAUGGAUAAACAAAAAAUAAAUACUAUUCCCUCUGGUGUUUAAACAUAGAAGCUACUGUAAAAGAUUAACCAAGACUAAGCACUUAACUUGCAAGUGAGUUGAUAAUCACUGGUUUUAUUUUUAAUGUGAUUCUCACGUCAAAACAAUCAGAUAUCAAGCGUGCAAUUGGUUUGUAUUUGGGGACACAAACAGUUAUCAUAUGACAAAGAUCAGGAAAAAAAGUGCUCUUCGCUCCCAAGAAAUAAUAGAAAUUAAAACUCAUCCCCCAUUCCAAAACUAUAGUUUAGCAAGCUACGUGAACACACAAACAAAAAUAUGAACAAUUUAUGCAACACAUUCCUCAUAAUUUAGGAUGAACAACCCUGUGUUUUGCUCACAGCUCCAUGAGUGUAAAUCAUACUAAUCCAGUUUUUACUCACAUGCCUUUGUGAAGUGCAAACAUGUUGCCAUGUUUGGCACUAAUAAGUCAGUUCUGUGUAUUACAUGUUUUUGUAGACCUUGUGUGUUUUUCAAUAAAGUAAAAAAAAAAACCUUUGUAUGGAUAUGCAUUCUUUUCAAAGGCAUUUUCCAGACACGAGGAUUGUCAACACCAUAUUCAAAAGUAGAGGUCAAGCAAGACCAGGCAACCAGCUCAUUUGGUUACGAUAUUGAAUCAACAAACGCUGGUCACAUAGAAUAACCAAGAAAUACUGCAAAUAAGCGUCAACGGAAAAUGUACACCCAAAUAUUUCAU